UAUCCUCCUUGUUACACGGAGGAUGGUGGGUCGCCCAGAUCUGACAUCUGCGCCAAUGAGAGUGACGGUGACACUAGCGACGGCGACUCUAAGGAUCCUCUCAAGAAUAAUCACUCGGGAAAUGUGCCUUCGUUCUCUACAGGGAUUAUGUACCAGAUGCCUCAGAGUGUCAUUUAUUCGCCUAGUCCAGGGGUCUUGCUUGGCAUAGGACAAAACGGGCAACCAGUGCAAAUAUCUCAAGACGGAGGUACAGUGACAUCGGUGGCAAACUCGUCACAAUCGAGCCAACCGUUUAUCACGAUACCGCUGAAUGUUGCGAUGAACGCGGCGGGAUUGUCCUUACCGGUGACCUCCAGGAUGACCUCCAGGUCGCCCACGACGACGACGACGACGACGACAACGUUGUCCACCUGCGGCGAUUUGCCAUCCGAUCUGACCAAGGAUCGUGAAUGAUACGGGAAUCUUUUGACGAGCGGAACUUCCGAUGACGACGAAAGUAGUUGUAGUUGAACCUCCCGUUAUGCUAGAAGCGGAAAUUGUCACGCUUAAAAAUGAGACUCGCAGAUAUCUUUGGACUCGCGAUAUGUAUUUGCACGCCCGAGAUAACAUCGGGACGAAUAAUCGCGGAAUUUCGAGCGAAAUUCAGAGCGAUUACGUCGCAAAAUGGGAUUCUUCGCUCCUCUUCGUUCUUUGAGAGAAAUUGAGGAAAAGGAUGCUGAUAAGAAAAGGAUCGACGAAAUCGAUAUUCACGCUAAUAAUUUUUCGGCUAAUAAUAGAUUAUAAACAUGAGAUUAUAUUUAACAUUGAGAUUAUAAUUUAAUAACAAGAUAAGAACAGUAUCUCGAAGGAAAACAAAAAGAUCGAGUAAAACGAACUUGUCACGGUAUAAAAAUAUGUACUAUCUCUGAUUGUAAGAUUAUGUGAUCGUAUAAUACUCCUAAUUGUAUUCCUAAUCACCUAAAUGAUCGGAACGAAAAAUGUCGUUUCUCAUGUUAAGACGAACUUCAAUAGCGUUUUUCGAGAAAACUCACUGCCAAUUAUAUGAGACUGACACCGCAUACGAAUUCAAUACCCAUGACGUUUAGAAAGUCGCUUUGUCUUUCGAUAUAUUAUAAUUGAUUAAUUUGCCAUAUAUAAUUUUUUGAAUUAUUUCUAAAAACAAUUGGUUUGCUUGCGAAUCGAAUUAACAGAAUAUUAUCGAAAUCUUAAUAUUUUUUGUAAUAUUUUAAGAUAUUCUUUUUCGUAAAAAUAAGCAUAAUACUUAUUAUUGUCUCCAACAUUUCAUUAUCG